AUGGUGGGCAUACCAUUUACAUGUCCAAGUGAUUACCCUUACAAAGUUGCAGCUAUUCGUACAGCUUGUAUAAUUCGGUCUGCAAAUAUAAUUGCUAUGUGGUCAUUUAUUUUAUUUGCCGUGCUUUGGCUUACAGUCGAUUGUUUAGGUGUAGUUUAUUGGGAUGAUGAUGUUGAAGGGGAAGACAUUAAUGUCGAUAAAGCACAAGAAAUUCUUUCACAUUAUAUCAAAAAAAUCAGAUUAUCUCGUUCAUCACGUGUUAUUAUCGAACAAAAUGACAUUGUAGAUAUGACUGAUAUUGUAGAUAAUGAUUUUACAAAUUUUACUAGUAGUGGUGUUAGUGGUGAAUUUGUCGCUUAUAUAGAGAAUAGAAGUAAUAAUAAUGAAAGAAAUAAUUUAAAUAGGAGUUUUGAAAGUAUUAGGGAAUUUAAUAAUAGUAAUCUUAAUGAG